CCUGUAUCCUGACGCUGGUGUUAGCGGUGUUGGGAUUCAGAGUGGCAGCAGGGGAAAUCAGGGAAAUCUGGGAUAUCUGGGAAAGGGGAGUCGGUGAAAACCGGGACUAAACCGGGCCAAAUCCCGCCGAAGCCUCGGCCGUGUCUCCGCGGGUCUCUGACCGGACUCUUCUCCUCCGUGUCCCCGGAGCUGCUGCGGCUUUUCUCCCAGGAUUCACCCCGGAUCCGCUCAGCUGAUUGAAUCCCUCCUCUGCGUCGUGUGUGUGUGAGCUGGACUGAGCGCUGUGAGCAGACCAAAGAUGGACCAGGUGUCAGACGAGGAGGUGGAGGUCAGGGAGGAAGAGGAGGAGGAAGAGGAGGACAGUGAUAAGGAGGACCAGGACCUGGAUAAGAUGUUUGGAGCGUGGCUGGGAGAGCUGGACAAACUCACACAGGUACACAAAAGUCUGGAUGACGGUCGCCCCGAGCAACCCCCCCAACAGAAAGCUCCCCUCAGACAAGAGACCAACAUGGCCAACUUCUCCUACAGAUUCUCCAUCUACAACAUCAACGAGGCGCUGAAUCAGGGGGAGAACGUGGACCUCGACGCUCUCAUGGCAGAUCUCUGCUCCAUCGAACAGGAACUCAGCACCAUCAACACCAAACCAAACAGUAUGGGUGGCAUGGCUCGCCUGGGCCUGACUGACACCAAGGUCCGUCAGAAGCCUCCAGCAGGGCGCAGUAGCAGGCAGCAGCCAGCAGGAAGCAGCAGUGGCGGCGGUGGUGGUAGCAGCAGUAACAGUGUUAGCGGGGGAGGAGGCAGCAGCGGGGCGAGCAGUAGCAGCAGCAGCACCAGAGCGUCACCUGCUGGCACUAUCAGAGCUCCCACCGGGCAUCAUGGGAGACCGGCGCUGGCUUCUAACUUCAGUCUUGAUGACAUCACUGCCCAGCUGGAGAAGGCGUCUCUCAGUAUGGAUGAAGCUGCUCGUCAGACCUCCUCCCACUCCCUCAGCUCCGCCACCUCCUACACGUCAGCCACGAUGCGACGGCCCGGAUCGUCUCAGCGCCAACACCGACGCACAGGAUCAGUCGGCACGGUCAGCGAACACGAGGCUCGUUCGAUCGUUCACUCCUCACGCUCCUCUGUCACCUCUGCGUCUGAGGUUUCUGUUAACUCCGCCUCCUCCAUGGACUCGUUGGACAGCGUUCUUCGCUCCAAUGAAUCAGACGGACAGCUGCCUUCAGUCAUGCCGUCAGCUGAAGGAGCCAGUCAAGGUCAUCACAACACAGAGCACUCCUAUCUGGACAGGGAAACCUCUCUGAUUCUGAGAAACAUAGCAGGGAAACCUUCCCACCUGCUGACCAAGGAGGAGCAGGCUGCCAAGCUGAAGGCGGAGAACAUCCGAGUGGCCCUGGAGAAGAUCAAGGAGGCCCAGGUUAAAAAGUUGGUGAUUCGAGUUCAUUUGUCAGACGAGAGUUCAAAGACGAUGAUGGUGGACGAGAGACAGACAGUCAGACAGGUUUUGGACAGUUUACUGGAGAAGUCUCACUGUGGCUACAGUCCAGACUGGUCACUGGUGGAAACCAUCAGCGAGCUGCAAAUGGAGCGGAUCUUCGAGGAUCAUGAGAACCUGGUGGAGAACCUGCUGAACUGGACCAGAGACAGCCAGAACCGCCUGAUGUUCACCGAACGCAUCGAGAAGUAUGCUGUGUUCAAAAACCCCCAGAACUAUUUGUUGGGGCGGAAGGAGACGUGUGAGAUGGCUGAAAGAAACAAAGAGGCUCUGUUAGAGGAGUGUUUCGGCGGCAGCUCAGUGUCCGUCCCAGAGAUGGAGGGAGUGUUGUGGCUGAAAGAGGACGGGAAGAAGUCGUGGAAGAAACGCUACUUCCUGCUGAGGGCUUCUGGCAUCUACUAUGUUCCCAAGGGCAAGGCCAAGGCAUCCAGAGACCUGGUGUGUUUCCUUCAGUUGGAUCACGUCAACGUCUACCACGGCCAGGACUACAAGAGCAAGUACAAGGCUCCUACUGACUACUGCAUGGUGCUGAAGCACCCUCAGAUCCAGAAGAAGUCUCAGUACAUCAAGUACCUCUGCUGUGAUGAUGUCAGAACCCUCCAACAAUGGAUCAACAGUAUUCGAAUCGCCAAGUACGGGAAGCAGCUGUACAUCAACUUCCAGGAGGCAAUGAGGAGGACGGAGGCGGCCUACGAUUGGUCCUCCCUCUCUUCUUCCUCCAUCAAGUCAGGAUCCAGCUCCUCCAGCCUUCCAGAGUCCCAGUCCAACCACUCCAGCCAGUCGGACAGUGGCGUGUCAGAGAUGACAUCAUCAGGCCACACCCGCUCCCAGAGUGUGGUCAGCUCCAUCUUCUCUGACGCCUGGAGGAGAGGAACACAAGGAGAGAUGAUGAGGAUCGACCCUAUCAGUAGGCCCAUGCCGGUCCAGAUUCUCUCCCCCCAGCCCCCGACCCGGACCAGCUACACCGACGGCCUCGUCCAAUCUGAAGACUCCUCCCCGUCACCGCCCUCACCUCCUCCACCUCCGCCUCCUCCCACCAUCCAAAGUGUGGCCCAUCAGCCAGCGCCAACCCCUUCCUACGUGAAGUACAGCACGCUGGCUCGCCUGCAGGGUCAGAGCCAGUCCUGGACCCAGCAGGCAGGAGGUGGACCACCUGCCCCUCCUGUCCAGUCUGCAAAAUCCAACUACAACACCCUCCCAGCUGCCUACAGCACCUCCUCUCAGCUACCACCAUCUCCUCCUCCUCCUCCUCCACCCACGGUGCCAGCUCCUGGCUCAGCCAUGGCUGCACUGAAAUAUGCUCCAUCAAGCCCCUCUGCUCUCCCACCACCACCCCCACCUGAGGAGGACAUACAGGAGCCAUCUUACCUCCCGCCUCCUCCACCAGAGAGCCUGGAGGCCAAUGGGUUACCUCCACCUCCCCCUCCGGAGCCCAUCCCCAACGCCAGCAAUCACUUAUCCAACACCGGCCUCCAGCAGUUCCUGGCACAGAAGUUUCCCAACAUGGUGUACGACUUCACGCCAGAGAUGAGUGAGGAUACUUCUCCUCCUCCUCCACCUCCGGCUGAGCUCUCACCUCCAACCUCCCUGCAAGUUCUCCGGCCUGUGUCCCCUAAUGCGCCCCCUCCUGCACCUCCCAAAACCUUCACUGGUGGUUUUCCCCCUCAAACUGCUCCCAAACCCUCGGGUCCUUCUUCCCUUCCCAUUGCCCUCUCACCUGUGUCGCCAUCGCAGCCCUUCAGCGGCCACGGCCCGGUGAAAAAGCAACAAAGCUUCUCAACAGGACACUCCCCAAAUCAGCCUCCUCCCACUCUGCCAAAGCAGCACAGCCUCUCCUCCAAAAACCUCGCCAUCUCUCCUUCCUCCUCCUCUUCCUCAGUCUCCAUCGCGGCCGCUACCUCCUCGUUGGUCAAACAGAUUGUCAAUCAGUUCCCAGGAAACGCUGCCCCCGCCUCUCUGCCCGCCUCUAACUCCAUGGAAGGAUCGAAGUUCAGUGCUCCUCAGUCUCCUCCGGCGGUCAAGGCCAAACCAAAGUGGCAGCCAGGAGGCGUUGUGGCUGCGCAGUCCCCAGAGUUCCCUCCACCUCCUCCUGACAGUUCCGUGGGAGAUUUCCCUCCUCCACCCUCCUCCAAGACGGGCUCCCCCAUAAAGAAAUCGCCUUCCGCCACAUCCACAGGAUCCAUGAAGCGUGGGCCUCCACCGGCCCCACAGAGAGCCUCCUCCAUCCGGUCCAGCUCAGGCGAGACCCAGGACGAGAGGCCAAAGAAGGUGGAGAGCCUGGUCAGCAAAUUUGGCCAAGCUCCUCAGACGGGUACCUCAUCCAGCUCCUCGUCAGCGACUGGGUCACCUUCGAAAGAUUCCUCCACGCUUCCUGCUCCACUUCCGAAGCCGGGGAAGCUGAACUUGGCGAACCUGCCGUUGGCUCUCCAGGGGCUGCAGACGGGCCAGCACCAUCAGCCCGUUGAGUUCCCGUCCCCUCCUCCCCCACCUCCCCCCUCCCAGCCGACUCACCUUGACUCGCCUGACUACUUCCCACCUCCCCCCAGUGACUUUGAGCUUUUCCCUCCUCCUCCCCACCCAUCAGAGUUCCAUCACCCUCCAAAGGUUGCUGUGGUGAACCCCCAGCCUCAGAUGCAGCCACCUCAACAGUCGGCAACGCCCUCCUUGUCGUCCUCGUCAUGGAAACAAGGUUCACUGAAAAAGGGGGCGGUCCUUCCUCCGACACUGAACCGGCGGACCAGCAACACCACCCCAUAUGACAACACAACUUCAAUGCCCCUGUCGCCACCUCCUCUGUCUCAGACCCCACCUCCCUCCCUGGUCUCUUACUCCUCCUCCUCUCCUGUCCCCCCCACCUCUCCGAAAUCACCGGGGCCGAGCUCCCUGGCCCUAAAGCCCCACUUCCUGGAAGACCUCAACCGCACCCUUAAGAGGAAGUCAGUGUCUCGCCACGGCUCCCUCACCUCCUCCCACCUCAUCUCCUCUUCUAAGAUGGAGCCUGUGGGCACCAUGGACGACAUGGCGCUCCUCCCGCCCCCGCCCCCUGAGCUCCUGCAGCAGCAACAGCAGCAGGGUGUCCGCGGACACUCCCACACUUUGUCCCGCCACCACACGCACUCCCACUCCACCAAACAUGCCAACAUCUCAGGCUAUGCAACGCUGCGGCGAGGCCCACCUCCCGCUCCGCCGAAACGGGACCAAAGCACCAAACUAUCCAGUGACUGGUAGGAGCGAGGACGCCGGCUGGAGCCUAAAGAACUGAACUGACUGUUUAGGUCUCACGCAGAGAAGAAAUAAUCAGUGUCUGUCUUGACUUGUCCUUUUCUCCUCAUCCGAAACCAUCCACCCUUGGAUUCCGAGCAAGUAGCAAGUCGUCUUUCCUACUCUUAAUCUCAGAUUAUGAUUGUUCCUAUUAUCCUCAUUAUUACUAUCAUUACCGAUACAUGUUUAACCCAAUGACAUGAGUAAAAAUAUAUAUAUGUAUAUAUAUAUCUGUAUACAAGCAAGCCAGAAAAUCACCUAUCGAGCUUUUUUCACAAUGUCUGUGCAGCUUUGCAUUGAAAUAUACAAAAGACAAGACUUGAACGACAACAGCAACAGAGGUGGUUUGCUGCACAAUAACUGGUACUGCAUGGAGCCGCGGCAACGGAAGGAACGUUACUGAUGAAGGGAACGAUAAUGGAAGGAACGAGAGGAGCGAAAGUGGGAUGAUGUGUAUAGAAGUGUAUGUUGUGAACUGGGGGAGGGGGGUGGGGGGGUUGCAUUGCCAUUUAAUUCAAACUUUUUGUGUGUGUUUUUAUAUAAGAUUAUUUAAUACUGGAAAGAUAUUAUUAUAAUUAUUUUAAGUUUUGAACAAGUGUCUGAAGAGUUUGACUGAACGUGGGUGUGAACUCUCAGAGUAUGUCAGAAGUGUUGAUCUGAAACUAGCACACAGCUGGUUCCACUGAGUCGGAUCAUGUCAUCCAAUCAUAGUUCGAUAAAUUAAGAGUGCCGUGGCUGAUUGGUUUACGCCUCCCACAGGAUAAUACUUCAGAAUCAGUAAGGCUGGGCUCAGAUUACAGGGGUUUGAAAAUUAGGGAUGAGCAAGAGCACCAUUAUCUCUAUCUGUAUCUGCACCUGUUCAACCAACUCAUGAUCGGUGUCUGUAUUUGUACUCAGAAUGGAUGCCGUUUAUACCAAAAAUGGGUGUGGCUCCAAUGAAAAGUGGGUGGGGCCUAAGAUGAAGUUGUUAUUGUACACAGCAACUUUUAUAUAUUUGUUACAGCUACCGAAAUUAGGAUUUUCCCUUGUCAUCAGUAUGAAUACUGACACUUUUACUUGUGUAAUACUUGUAUCAUCAUCUGCCACCACGUUUAGAUUUUGUUUUUGGAGCCACUGGGAGUAACUUGGGGUUCAGUAUCUUGCCCAAGGAUAAUUUGACACAUGGGAUCGUUAAAAGUUUUCCCACACUCACAAACAGCUGCUCGUCUCAUCCAUCACUCUGAUCAGCCAUGACUGGACGGACUCCACAAACUGCUGCUGAAGGAAAAUAUUAUAUUACUUUACUCACGUCUUCCCUUCCCUCUGCAAAGUUAGAUGUCAUGGAGGCCACCGGGAUAAAACCUGUAGGGGUGCGACUCACUAGAGGCCCCCCAGUAUCAUAUUAUCAUAACACCCAAAUUAAAGAAAAAACUGUGUCAGUGUCUGUUAUAUUUAAGGAGAUAAAGUUUUCAGUCUGGUCAUCUCGCUUUAAUCAUUUUUAUUGCAACAAAUUUUAUUAUUGUAGUGAGCUACCAAAAGUCUAAUCUGUAUUUUCAAUAUUAAUAACUAAUAAUGAAUCUUUACAUCUGUGUUUUGAUACAGUGUUGACACGCAAAAUAUUGCAAUACUAUGCCGUAUCAUUUUUUUUUUUUCUCCAGCGCCUGAUAAUUUGCCCAUGUUAACCGCCUUUCUCUGAUCUCAGUCGACCAAAUCAUCCAUCCACAUAAAAAUUAGUUAACACGACCAGAACAAGCAGAACCUCCUUUAAUCUGAGCUCAGCCUGAACCAGUCGGUCAGUCAGCGACACCAAACCAAACUCACUCUGGUGACAGAUCCUGUUCUACAAACUCAUCAGUCAGUCUGUGAGUGUGAUAGAUAUGAAAUCAUGCAGCUAAUCUGUCUGACAGAAGGUGAUCAUCAGUUUAUGAGUUAAUAAAGUCAGUCAUUCAUCUGAGCGGCUGCUCGUCACUCUGCUGGUUGGUUAUUAAAGGUGUGUGUGUCCACUUUAAGCGUCAGAGAUGCCCUGGGAACAAGUGCCUGAAAAACAAAAUGCUUAAACUGCUCACAGGUGUGUGGUGACAUCAUACCGCGCAGACAGACACCCUCGACUUCUGUGAUGUCAUCAGCUUCCUGACAUUAUGAAGCCUGGAGUUUACCGUUCACACACUGCCAUCUAUGGAGAGUCUGAGGAAGCUCUGAGGAGCUGGUGUGGGACAACAAGCAGACACCAACAUGGUGCUACUACAGCACCACCCAGUGGUGGUUUGACAGAACUACUGUGACAGCAGUGCCUGGUGCCCAGAGGACUGAGGGAGUCACAUGUCAAGCUCUCAUGAUCUCCCAUACCCAGCUGUAAUUCUGUUUCUUACUCGGGGUAGUUUCUGUGUGUUGCUUCUGUUUCUGCUCCUGUAAACAAUCACUUUGUUUGUUGCUGUAAUUUCAAACUCCGCCCUCCGCUACUGUGAUCAGUGUUUCAAUGAAUGAGUGACAAAUACAAAGCCUCUGAAUUUUAUUUUACCCAAAUUUCAACAGAAUUUAAGCCGAUAUUUGGAGUUUAAAUCAUAAGUUGAUUAACUGGUUAGUUAUUCGACAAGAAAUACAUCUGCAGUCAUGAUUUAAGUCAUGUGUUCAGGUAAAACUGUCCCAAUUGUUGCAGAACCUCAAAUAUUAAAAGGAUCUGUAUGCAACAUUCAGAGCUCAUCUGUGGGAUUGCUUGCACACAGCUCUCAACAUGGAGGUGGCUGAGCAGGUGGCUAGCAGCUAAAGGUGCUAACAGCGCUUUUAAAAUCCCUGUAAACAUGUCAGUGUGAGUGAAAUGGUCCUGCAGUGAAUGUGUCACAGUGGGACUAACACACCCAGAUCAUGUGACUCCUGCAUGUAUACAGUCAGUCAGACCCAAACUGGCCGAGGCGCUCUGAGCAUGCUCCACAGUUUCCGCCCCGGGCUUUGACCCGGAAGUCCAAUAGCAUUAAAUGUGUAAGAGAAGAAGAAGCCGGUAACAACAUGGAGAAAUCUACAUCCAGAGCCGUGACUUUCUGGACGGACCAAAUGUACAGAGCUGUAAAGUUGUCCACCAUGGUAGCAGUUAGCUGCUAGCUAACCGUAGCUAACUUGUUUGUCCAUUGUUUGGUCUGUGACGUAAUAGGUCAACAGGAAAAAGGUCCAAUACUAACAAGCUGAAAGGGGGCAUAUCUCCACCUAUCGUAGAGGAGUCAGGAGAGCGGGUGGGGCAUGAAGAGGAGGAGAGUUAACACCAGCUGCACUCAUUGCGUUGCUGAACCUUCACAAGUAGAAACAUCUCAGUGACAGCUGACAUAAAACAAAAGGAUCAGACUCGAUAUUGUCAAUCCCGAUAAAUUAAAAAAGAUCCGAUCAGGACAUCUCUAAUCAGCAGUAACCGCCAUAUGAGCGCAGUGCAGCUAGCCAAUGAGAGACACCAACACAUUCUCACUGCGACUUCGUCACAUAUCGACAUUUGGUCACGUCUGUGUUGGUUGUUGACGUUCUGGGACGCCGUGUCAACUUCAGCCUGUUACAUGCAUUGUCUGUUUUCAAAAUACACUUCUGUUUUCACAGGAAAUGUACAGUUUGCAUACAGCCUCCUUCAAAAUAAAAGCACUACGUCGGUACAACACCGCCAACUGAUGUUUUUUUUUCCUUCAACAACACACACAUGGUUGAGUUUAGGAAAAAAGAACAGGGUUUGGCUUUACAAACUUAAGUAACCACCAGCCUGCCAAAUGAAAGUCAGUGGUUGUUGGACCCAUCAGACCCUCCAACCAGUCCUGCUCAGACUUCCACCACCUUAACUUUCGUUGUUGUCCCAGAGCAUUUCACAGACACCAGCUGCGUAUCAUGCUGACGUCAAAGGACAGCUUUUAUUGUCUGUGUCUGACCGGGCUGGAUACAUAAGCGCACAUGUGCAGCCAGCCCGCCUACCACAACAAAGAACAGAGAAGCUCAGAUUACAACACACACACACACACACACACACACACACACAUACAGAGGAAGCGUGACUUCAUUCUCUGCUCAGGACGCCAUGAUGCCACCAUAUUUUUAUGAAGAAAACAGUGGUUUGCUGCUGCAUUAAUCGUCUGAGUCUUACAAACAGAACCCUUAAUAUUUACUAGUUUUCUGUCAUCUCUGAUACUGAACCAAAUUCUUUGAGGUUUGGACGACUGUUUGGACAAAAUGCUGAUUUGAAAUACGGUAACUUGGACUCUGGAAAGAAACGUCUCUCUGACAUUAACCUUAAGUGCUCUGAGAUUCCCACAUGAAGGAGGAGGCGAGCCAGGAGGCAGCUGCCAGCAGUCUGAGAGCAGCAGCACUUAGAGAGAGAGGCCUAAUGGAUACACGCUGAGGGGAAUAAGCUGUCGAAUAAGUCUGUGGAUAAUUUCAGAUGCAGUGAUUCUGCUUUACUGCAACGUGUUAGGAAAAAACGUCGUCUGUUAGUUGAUAGUCACAGUAGUUUGUUUCAGUCAAGCGGCUACAUCAGAUUAGAUAAAUGCAGUCAGGUAAAUAGUUUGAGUCUGAGCGCCCUCAGCACCUUUACAGAAACACGGUCUGUCAGAGACAAAACUGUGUCCAGAUCAGCUGAUAAAAACCUUCUAACUGGUCACAGGUUUCAGAGUUAAUGUGCAGCUGAACCCAGGUCUGUUUCGUCCUGUUUUUAUCUCUGCUGCAGUUAAAUGACCUGCAUGACGUCACCCCAGCACACAUGCCAAAAAUCUGUGAUAUUUCUGCUCCUGUUCUGAUUUUUAAUGCGCAAUCAUUUGUUUUUGAAGUACUCUGAGUACAUUUGAGUGUAUUAUUAUUAUUAUUAUGAUUAUUAUGGUUACAACUCAGUUUUACCAUCAGAGAACAUGGCUGCUGUCGGUGUCAAACCUGCUGUUGCA